AUGUUCUCUACGUUGCACUCAGGGCACAAGACCGCACCGCGCUUGCACAAGGUAAGACUAACCUUGCUCAGGACUGCUGCUGCCUUCAAAGGCUUUGGUGUGAAGACGAAGCCAGCACCUCAACAGAAGAAGGGCCAGAAGACUGAGCAGGUCCCCAUAUGGGAAAGGGACCGCAGUAUGUGCCCAUGCAGCUCAGGCAAAUCAUACAUGGAAUGUUGUCAGCCAUACCAUGAGGGCGGAGCAGUACCGACUCCUGAGGCUCUCAUGCGAGCACGCUUCAGCGCCUAUGUCAAGGAAGAUGCAGACUUUCUGGUAGCGACAGUACAUGCAGAAAACCCAAAAAGGGAAGGCAGCAGAACUCCAGACGGCGAGCUGUCCUCAACAAUGAUUGAGGACAUCCAUGCCACCUUCCGAACAGUUGCAUGGCAGCGCUUGAAGAUCUUGGACAGCAAGGAUGGCAGUGAUGGCGAGGGGAUAGUGCAAUUCUCGGCGUACUUCAAAGUGGUGAACCAGAAAGGCCAAAGGCAGAAGGGCAAUGUCCUGCAGUGCCUCCACGAGACCAGCACUUUCCGGCGGGAUAGCACAGAUGGAGCUUGGAAGUAUUUGGGCGGUGAAACUAAUGUCACAUUCGAAUCUAGGUGA